AUGGCCACUGUCGGCGACGGCAUUGAAAACAUGCCGCCGGCAAUGAAGACUGGUCGCCGCUCAGGGACGCAAGCUCGGCCAGGCCCUGCGCCUGGCGCCCUGAGGGCCGCCUCAAGCGGGCGGGAAGACGACCUUAGCAGCGAUGACGAUUGGGGGGGUCUGCCAUUUGAGAAGGCGAGACGCGAGGCGGGCGCGGCACGCAACUCUGCCUCAGACGACGAGUCCAGCGCGUCCUACCAGCACGGGCGUGCGUCGCCGGCAGGAAGCCAGAGCAGCUGUGGCUUGCCUUCGCUGCCGGACACGUUGCCCCUCGCUUCAGUGCUGGAUGCCGAGGCGACCACAGCACUGCUCGUGACGUGGCAGUUUGCGCGUUGCUUUUGCCGUCGGCUGCAGCCUGACAGGGCCCUGGUCACGCCGACCCUCGAGCAGCUUCAGGACGGGCUCUGCUCGGGCGGCGAGAGUGGCCUCGUCGGUGAGCUGCACAUCCACCUGCUGCGCCUCUUUCUCGAGCGGGAGGAUAAGACGGCGCUCAUCGACGACGACUCGGACGGCGAGUCGACGGAGGUGCACCGGGUACCCCGGCCCAGCACAGGCGUCCAUGCGUGGCUCGCCCGCGACCUGGCUGCCUACCUCGACGCAGACCGGGUUGGCUGGCCCGAGGUGUUGCGGCUCGUGAUUGCUCAGUGGAAGCUCAAGGAGGAGUCCAAGGGGUCGGCCGUGCACGACAAGGAUUGGCUCGACCCGUCGCUGCUUGAGCUCGGCCGCCGGCUGCGCGUGGAAGAGUACUCGUCUAUCGACGCCACGCUCAAGUGCCAGGCACUCGGGAACCUCUGCGAGCGGGCGCUCGAGGUGCUGGGAUCCGAGAUUGCAGAGGCGUGGGAGUCGCUGCAACAGGCGCGGCGCGGGGAGGCCAAGGCCGUGCGGGAGCUACAGCGGGAGCAGCAGCGUGCCUCUAAGGUGGCGUUGGCUGCUGCGCGCCAGCGCGCAGCCGAUCUCGGGGGUGAGCUCUGCGCGGCUGAGGAGGAUUUCACCCACACCGAGCGCGCAUACUGGGCCGCCGCGGCAGUGCAGCACGAGAGCAUGGUAGAGCUCAAAGAGGCGAUGGAUGCGGCGAGGGCCGUGAGGGAUGCGGCUCGCGACGCCAUCCGGCUUGCGAAGGAGGAGGUGAGGACGCUGCAGGCAGGGGGGGCGACGGCGGCGAGCGGAAGCGAUGAGGGGGCAAGCAGGCGAGGCCGACGGAUCUCAUCCAAGGUUGAGGCUGCGGCGCAGGCCGAAGCUGACAGGGUGGCCGUACAGCGGGCAGAGUGGGCCGAUAUGACUCGCCUGACGCCUCUGGGACGCGACGCCGAGGGCUCCGUCUACUGGCUGCUCCCCGGGCCGUUGCCGCCUGUAGACGACCACCAAGGCGGCCAACCCUUGGGGCCGCUCUUGGCGGUCGAGCACCAGGGCGGUGGCUGGGGGCAGCUUGCUUCUCUCUCGUUGCUCAAGCUCGCGCUGGAGGCGCGCGACCUGCCGGGUGAAGCGAAGCUGCGGCGGCGGCUAGCCGAGGUGACGCUGCCCGAAGACGCGGACGACGAUGGCAGCGGCGGGCCAACGGCUGGAGGCGGCCAGGCGAAGCUCGGUCGCACGGACUCGUGGGAUGCGUCCCACGACUGGGUUGGGCUACGGGUGCGGAGGAUCGUCAAGGGCGAAACCUUCAACGCCGUCGUGUCCGCUUGGCGGCCCGCCCGCGGCGACGGUAAGCCUGCGAGGUGGCGCUUGCGCUUUGACGAUGGCGACGAGGAGGAGGUGGACGAGGAGGGGGUGGCCGAGGCCAUCGAGGAGGCAGCUGAGGCGAGCCUCCGCGCCAUGCGGCGGCGGCUGCUUGCGGUGGAGGCGACUCUUCUCAGCGGCAGUAGUGGCGCUGGCGAGGCCCGAAGCGGUCCAUUGAGAGCCCCUACCGCCUCCAACGCUGCGAGCUGGGCCGAGGAGCGGCGAUCCUGGCUGCUCGAGGUUGAGACGGCUGUCGAUGUGGCGCAGUUGCGGGCGCUGCUGCUGCGGAUGUACGACGCGGUGCAGACGCCAGUCAGUAGCGCCAGUGAUGGAGGGGCGGCGGACGUGGAGUGGAGCGACGCGUGGCAUCGCGAGCUCACUCAGGCGUGGCGGAGGCGCGUGCUCGCGAGCAGCACGCUCGCACAGCUCUCGCUCCGCUUCGCCGAGGCGCAGUGGAACCUGCACGCCCAGGGCGGCGUGGUGCCUGGGGCCAGGCUCGAGGUGCACUGCGAGGCCUCGCACGCGAAGAAGGCGGAGGAGGGGUCGGUGUGGCGCCUCGCUCACGUCGUCGCCGUCUUCGUCGACGGGUCCUUCCGGGCCCUCUGGGAUGAGAGCGGGCGCUACCAGACCCGCGACUUCGCAGCGGCGCCAUCUCGCGUGGGGCGCAAGGAGCGUGGUGUCGUGUGGCGCUUCCUCGAGGACGCCUUGCCGGCGAAGCGCCGAAGCUCCUCCGAGGAGGCAAAGUCGGCAGAGGCUGCGCCGCCGCGGGUCAAAAGAGGUCGCAGUGCCGGCCUCGAGGAGGCGAAGCAGUCGGCAACCGCGCCACCGCGGGUGAAGAGGGGGCGCAGCUUCGAUGUGUAG